CUUAGAGGUGUGUGCAUGUCUACCUUGGUCUAGCUGGGCAGACAGCCAAAGUAUGAAAAGCACAGAUUCUUCCUACCAGUAGUCUACAGCCUACAGAAUGGCAUCCAGUGUGAUGGGGUGGAACAUGAUGUGUCUCUGAAUUCCAUGUGGGGGUAAAGUGGGUGACCUCAAAUUUCCUGUGUCUGCCCACAGUUCAGAAGUUUGGGGGCAUACUUCAUAUCGUACCAUCUGUUCUGGUUCAGUGCAUAAGAAUCCAAGUCUCUGAGGAAGGUGACAUAGUACACAAUCACUGGACCAAGAGCUUUGGCUGCACCUCCUCUGGGAAACCUGGCCAUGGGGCUCUUCCUGAUCAUUGCAAUUUUGCUGUUCCAGAAACCAACAGUAACUGAACAACUUAAGAAGUGCUGGGAUGACCAUAUACAAGGACAUUGCAGGAGAAUCUGCAAAAUAACUGAAAGACGUGAGGUGCUAUGUGGACAUGAGUGAUGCUGUUGCCUCAGUAACAAGGACAUAGAAGCUCGUAAAAGAAUCACACAGCCACCUUGUCCAGAACCGCCAGAACUUGCACUGACUCUUCCUCAAGAUGAAGAUAUAAAACACACUUCCUCAACCUACAACAUAUAUUCUACAUAAAUCAAGUACAAUUUUCUGUUCAUUCAUUUCUCAAUCUAUUCUAAUAAACUAAGGUGACAAGAUCCACAUCUUUUCCCUUCUGGUUUCUU